AUGAACUCUCUUAGUUUUACCCCUAAGUUACUAUCACUUUUCUGUAUUUUCUAUUCUGUAUAUUCAUACAAUGUAACCGAUGAGGACCUCCUUUUAAAAGAUCUGUUAACAAACUACAAUAAAGAACUGCGAGCUGGAAAUGACAGGGAUUAUCCAGUGAACGUAUCCGUGUCUUUUCAUCUGUUUGCAAUAAAGGAAUUCGUGGAGGCCAGCAGUAAAUUCACAGUUAAUGGAUUGUUUAGGACCCUUUGGAAAGAUGAUAGAUUAUCAUGGAAUCCUUUGGAGUAUAAAAAUAUUACUAGAAUAAUUAUAUCUCAGCAUAAAAUAUGGAUACCAGACUUGGUAAUUGUAAACCCGUAUAAAGACGUGGUUGGACUCGGAAAUAAACUUGUAAAUAUCUUUUUGGAAAGUGAUGGAUCUUGCAGCUGGACACCUAUACAGUCUUUUGAAGUCAUCUGUGACGCAGAUGUUACAAACUAUCCAUUUGAUAAGCAGUAUUGCAUGCUUAAGUUUCAUGCUUAUAGUUUUGGAGAGGAAUGGAUGAAUAUAACUAUUCGAAAUUCUAAAGUUAUUUUAUCAAAUUAUGAAGAAAGUGGGUUAUGGAAAAUCGAAGACACAACGUGCUUCUCGCAAACGACUAAUCGUUUCUUAGAAAUAAAUAUUGGAUUACAUUUGCAACGAAGGUCUAUCUACUACAUAGUGGGUCUUAUUCUUCCUAUGGUCUUGGUGUCCACCCUACAGUCAUUUGUGUUCCUUCUUCCGAAUACUGUCGGGGAAAGGGUGGGGUUUUCUGUAACAGUGCUCCUCGCUAGCGUGGUAUUCCUGACAAUCAUUCAAGAAAAACUUCCGGAAUCUUCUGAGCCACACAUCUCUAUUCUUGGAAUCCUACUUCUAGGCUUCAUCGCUGAAGGAGCACUCGUUACUUUAUGCGUGAUUCUCAGUACAAAUAUCCAUCAAUUUGAAGAAACCAAACCUGUUCCAAAUUGGUUAAACGUUUUGUUAUGCUUCAAAACAGAGAAAGUGGGUGACAUGAAUUCAGCCGAAGAUGUGCUCAAGGUUGCUUCUGGGGAGGAUUUAAAGGAGGAAGCAUUAGAAUCCUGCUCCUGGAACUAUAUAGCAAGAUUGUUCGAUCGAUUCUGCUUCUUCUGUUCAUUGAGUAUUUAUGCAACUCAAAUAAUUAUUUAUUUUGCAAUAGUUCUGUAA